CAUAUAUUGAUUAAAAUUAAAAGGUAGUUUAUUUUUACGUUUUCCCAUGGUCUUCCGUCGUAACUUUGAUGCGGUUCUACGGGUUUUCACUUUAUAACGAGUGUGUGUUCGUUAAAAAUGUCUUUGGUGGUCGAUGAUCAACAAUUUUGCCUUAGAUGGAACAAUUUUCAAGCGAAUAUAACGUCUCAGUUCGAAACAUUGCGAGAUGAUGAAGAUUUUACCGACGUGACGAUCGCCUGCGAAGGUCAAAGGCUUCAAGCCCACAAAGUGGUCUUAUCAGCUUGCAGUCCUUUUUUUAAAGAGCUGUUUAAAACGAAUCCAUGUUCUCACCCAAUAAUAUUUAUGAGAGAUGUCGAAGCCCACCAUAUAGUGGCUUUGAUGGAGUUUAUGUAUGCAGGCGAGGUAAACGUUGCUCAAGCACACCUAAGUGCAUUUUUAAAAACGGCGGAAUCCCUUAAAAUCAGAGGCCUAACUGAUACAGCCCCAAAGACCGUCGAUCCAAAGGAAGAUACGCUCUACUUAAAUCCGCAAUCAACGAAAAACGCUGCAGGGAAUAUUUUAAAAAAUAGACUUAAUAAAUCUCAGAUUAACUCUUCUAGUACUGUUACUUCUAGUCAAGAUAUUGCAGCAAAAGAAACACAUUCUAGUCCACCACCAAAAAGGCAAUGUAAAUCGGAUACUGAGUUGCCAAGACUAAAGCAAAUUAAAGAGGAAACCAUAUCAGUAAAUCCUUUUGCAUUGCAAAACGAUAUAAAGCAACUCGAUCCAAUACAACCCAAAGAAGAACUGCCAGACUACCUUAGUGAUGAAGACAGAGAUGAUAACAUGGAUAAUUUAGAUAAUUUGCCCAAUUUUUAUGUCAGAGACGUUACUGAAUUACCAGGUGAUACUAGAGGAAUGGAAAUUAUUCCAAAAAGUGCUUACACUGUUAAAGAUUUUAGUCACGAUGGAUCAUUGCAAGGCUUUCGAUUACAUCGCAGAAGAAUGGAUUGGUUGGGUUUUGAUUCUAUAAAUUCAGAAAGUCCAUUGGAUGAUGAAUUUUCAGGAAGAAUGAAAGAUGGACAAGAGGAGGAUAGAAGAAAUAGACUGAUUAAACUGGGGGAUGGAAUAGAAAUUUGUGAAGAACAACUCAGACGAGUAAAAUGGAGUGAUUAUAGAAAAUUGACAAGAGGACUGGCUACAAUUCUAUUUAGUCCUGCAGAAUUGGCUUCGUGUUCAGUUACUGGCCAAAGAUGGAGUAGAGCAGGUUCUGGAGAAAGACCAGUUAAACCAGCUUUAGAUAAAGCUAAAGUACAAGCAAUCAUUUCUUAUGUAGCCACCCGCUUUCCCAUGGUUGAAAUAAGUAGAAUAAAGCAAGUGUUGGCCUACAAAUGCAAAGAAAAUUCCACUGCUUUUAAAAUAAAAGCUGUUAGUGAACAGCAGAAGUAAAUAAUAUGUACCUACCUACCUUUUUAAAAUAAAUUAGACGUGUCAAAUUAACGCUACUUCUAGGCAUACCAGAUAAUAGUAAUUUAAAUCUAAAUUUUAUAGAUUACGGCGUAUUUAAAGUACCUAGGUAGAAAUAUUAUAAAAAGUAGAAAAAAUAACAAAGGUAUUAUCUAUCCUAUUAAAAUUUUACCUAUGUUCCUAUAAUGUUAUUUAUUUAUAUUUUUGUCGGUUAUUUAUAAUAAAUUGUUUUAAGAAUACAAAUUUUUGUUUUAUUUAAAUAUUUGUAUUCAUGCUAAAAUCAGUGGCGUAACCCCGAGGGGGUCCUGUAUUAAAAAUGUAGAGGGGACUUAUACGGAAAGUGUAACAUUCGUAAUAUUUUUU